UUCAGCGUAACUACCAAACCCGGAUUCGUUUUGUGUGUUUCGAGUUGGAGAGAGUACAACGUUUGCUUACUUUGAACUCGACGCUCCCAGAAAUUGAGACCAUCAUCAUGUCGCGGGAGAGACCCAAAAGAGGCGCAUUGCCUCCCGCCCAAGAGAAUAUUCAGAAAUUAGAGAAAGUUGUAGAGGAAGGUAAUUUCUAUGGAGCUCAACAAAUGUACAAAUCAAUUAGUGCAAGAUAUGUAGCUGCUCAGAGGUUUUCCGAGGCUGUGGAUAUCCUUCAGUCCGGCGCAUGCAACCAACUGAAUCAUGGGCAGGUUACUUGUGGUGCUGAGUUAGCUGCUUUGUUUGUGGAAACACUUGUCAGAAGAUUCCCUUAUGACGAUGAAACCUUAGUUCGUGUCAGGAAAAUUUAUAAAGCAUUUCCUCGGAUACCUGUGCCGCAACAGUUAGGGGAUUUAGAUGACAUGCAACAACUGUCUGAAACACUUGGGGCAGCAAAAACAUGUGUUGAGGGCUGCUCAUCAUUCCUAAAGGCUGCUCUUAAGUGGUCUAAGGAGUUUGGUGCACCCAGGAGUGGAGCUCCAGAAAUACAUGUUAUGCUAGCGAACUACAUAUAUUUUGAAUCUCCUGAGGUGGACAUGGUUAGAGUGUCACAUCAUUUUGUUAGAGGAAACAACCCCAAAGAGUUUGCUUCGACUUUAGUAAAUUUUAUGGGCAAGUGUUAUCCAGGGGAAGAUGAUGUGGCCAUUGCCCGAGCUAUUUUAAUGUAUUUGUCAGUUGGUAAUCUGAGAGAUGCCAAUAUUCUCAUGGAUGAGAUAAAGAAGCAAGUGGAGUCUAAGCAGCUUGACUUUCCCAAAUCCGAUUUGAUCCAGUUCAUCAAUUUUCUUUUGCAAACGUUGUUGAGAGAUGCUCUUCCGCUUUUUAAUAUGUUGAGAGCGAAAUACAAAUCAAGCUUAGACAGAGAACCGUCAUUUCAUGAGUUGCUGGAUGAAAUUGCGGAGAAGUUUUAUGGAGUACGACGCAGAAAUCCACUGCAAGGGAUGGGGAUGUUCGGCGAGAUUUUCAAGAUGAUGGGAGGUGAAUAGUGGCGCGAUGGAGCAUCAAGUUCUUGCUUCCUCGGCGGAUCCAUCAAUGCUACCGUUCUUGUGCUGGUUGAUGGGAGUGUAUUUGUAUUUUUGAUACUCUAGGAACAAUUUUUGGGAGUGUAUUUAUAUUUAUAUUGUUUUUCACCUAGGUAGAUACAGAUCUUGUGUUUGUACCAUCAACAGGAUAAUUUUUAUUUUUUAAUUUGAAUAUUCCAAAUUGUAUGA